GUCCUCGCGGGUCGCUUGGCCUACCAGCUGGGGCUGCAGGGCCCUACAGCGACGGUAUCCACUGCCUGCUCCUCCUCUCUGGUUGCCCUGGAUAUGGGUGUGAGCAACAUCUUCCGGGGCAAGUCAGCAGCUUUGGCUGGCGGCGUGAAUCUGAUGCUGGGGCCUGAUGUCACGAUCAAUUGCUGCAAGAGCAAGAUGCUGUCACACUUCGGGCGAUGUCGCACCUUCGACGAAAGUGCCGAUGGAUAUGUUCGUGGGGAGGGGGUUGGAAUGUGUUACGUGGGUGUUGGCGACACGACACAAGGUGGUCUAGCGAGCCUUCCUGCGGCAGGUGUCAACCAAAAUGGAUCUGGCGUUGGCUUCCUGAGGCCCAACAGUGCAGCGCAGUCCCAGUUGAUUCACGGAUGCUUGUCUGACGCCAAGAUGGCUGCGAAGGCAGUUGACUUCAUCGAAUGUCAUGGCAGUGGGACAACGAUUGGUGAUGAGGCUGAAGUGGAUGGAUUGAAGCGUGUUUUCUCAGACAUUCGUGGCACUCCUUUGAUGCUGAGCACGGCAAAGUCUUCUUUUGGGCAUCUUGAAGCUGCAGCCGGCAUUCUCGGCCUCCAGCGUGCAGUCUUGGCAUUGCACUCCGCCUUCAUUCCUCGGCACAUCUGGCUUGGAAGGGUGAGUGAACUGAUUCAGAGGAAGCUGGAAGCAAAUUGGGCACAGUUGGUCUCAGAGCCAGUCUCUCUGCACCGUGAUGAAAGCCUCGCGUGUGGUGUCAGCAGCUUCGGCUUCAGUGGAACGAAC